AUGUCACGUAAUUAUCCUAAUUGUCAUAUUCGGCUUAUUUUUCAUUGAUCUCAAUGGAUUACAAGCAUCUGUCUCUGCAUGGCAUUUCUAGUCGUAUAACAACAAAAAUGUGUACUUUGUUAUAAAAUUCCAAUAUCUCAACACUAAGUUGUUCUUCGAAAAUUUUACAAAAUGUUCGUGUUACAAACAUCUUGUUUCGAUACUAAGAUGAAAAUUGUUGUUUUUUGUCUACAAUUCGAAUAUUAUUUCAACAUAACCUAUAACGCUGUCUCAAUUUGAAAUCUUACUUAAUAAUUGUGUCAUGUGAUUAUUUUAAUUAGUGGUGAAUUUUCUAAGCAUAGAAUUUAUUGCUAUAUAAUUUCAAAUUUUAUAAGUAUGAUUUUUUUCUAUUAGAAAUGGCAGAUAUAUCUGCUGAUCCAAAGGCCAAAACAAAAACAAUUAAGAAACCAAAGGAGAAGUCAGUAGAGCCUCCUCCUUUGAAAAAGAGACCUUUUAAAAGGCAUGGACGUCUUUACGCUAAGGCUAUUUUCACUGGAUAUAAACGUGGACUUCGUAAUCAACAUGAACAUACAGCAUUACUUAAAGUUGAGGGAGCUAGAACUAAACGGGAUUCAGACUUUUACGUAGGAAAACGUUGUGUUUAUGUAUAUAAGGCGAAAAAUAAGACACCUGUUCCUGGAAAAAAAAGUAGGAAAACUAAAGUUAGGGCUAUUUGGGGUAAAGUAACUCGACCACAUGGAACCAGUGGUUCAGUACGUGCUAAAUUUAAGAGGAAUCUGCCAGCCAAAGCUAUGGGUCACCGUAUCAGAAUUGUAAGUUUCAUAAUUUAUUUAUUUUGUAUGGCAUAAAUAUAAAUUUGUUAAUACUAUUAUUUUAUUACAGAUGUUGUAUCCCAGUCGAAUAUAAAUACAAAUUUUUAUUGUAUAAAAUAAACAAAUAAAUACUAGCCUUUGCUACUACA